AUGCCGAAUAGUCAGCUAACGCUUGCCUGUCAGGUUAAGCACGUACAGUGCGGUCGAGUGCGGCAGGGCGCGUACGCACUGCACGUCGCGCGUCUCACGUCUGCGCACGCGCCCCGCCGCACGGCCGCUCCCAGCCGAUCGUCGCCGCACGUUCCAACACUUACCCUAGUUCUGCGACGAGACACGCGCGGGGCCGGCGCGACGAGCGCGGCCGGCGCCUUCCUCCUCAACUGUUACAUG